AUGACAGAUACCGAGGCGGAAGUUCCCGACUAUGGUGCGUUGAACUCCCGACGCCCCUUCCCAACUUCCUUCCGGCUCCGGGUCGUCUUAGACCUCAAGGAGGCUCUGCGGCAGGGCAACCAAGCGCUACGGCUGCGAUGCCAGGAGUUCCAGCAAGUUCAGGCCAUGCGGCGUGAGGAGCAUGACUUCCUUCUGCUGCGCUUCCAUGAGGCCCGCACCCUGGUGCAGCAGCUGCAGAAUGAACAGCUGGAGGUGCGGCGACAGCUUGAGUGGUUGCGCAGCACCUGCCAGCCUCCAUCCUUGCUAUGCACCCUGGAGCCAGCUGGGCUGGAUGAGGCUGACACCGUGACUCUCACCCAUGAGACGCCUGUAGCGCUGAUGGCUCUUGACCGUAGCAAGGAGAACCAGGCAGUGCUGAAGGAAGCAGACACCCUCCUGUUGGGAGAGAAGCCACUGCAUAACCAGACCCAGCAGCAGAGGCUGCUGGUCAAGGAGAGCGGUGCCCUAGCUGAGCAGCUCCUGAAGACUGAAUCCUUGCAAGGGGCUGGGAACAACAGGAUCAGAGAUGACCAGGCUGAGGAGCUGCACAGGAAGCUAGAGGAAACAGAAAACAAGUGUGCUGAGCUGAAGCAGCAGCUGGCAUCAGCCAGGGAGGACCUGAGCCAACUGGAAGCACAGGGGCAGGAGACAGAGCAGCAGUUCCAGGCCCUAAGAAAGCAGCUGGAGCAGGUGACAGAAGACAGGGUCUCGGUGAAGGCCCAGGUGACCUCACUGCUGGGUGAGCUGCAAGAGAGCCAGAGCCGGCUGGAGACCUGCAUGCAUGAGAAGCAGGCACUGGAAGAGCGGGCACGGACAGCUGUGGAACAGUGCCGACGGCUGGAGGGGGACGUGGAAGCUCUGCAGGAGCAGCAUGGGGUGCAGCUGGACCAGCUGCGGCUACAGGCCCAGAAUCUGGAGACAGCAUUGCGUGUGGAGCGGCAGGGCGCCACGGAGGAGAAACGGAAGCUGGCACAGCUGCAGGUGGCCUAUCACCAGCUCUUCCAGGAAUAUGACAGCCACAUCAAGAACAGCAUAGAGGGCGAGAAGAGGGCCCAGGCCUUAGAGUGGCAGUUGGAUGAGCUGUCGCAGCAGCUGCAGCAGGCAGAAGAGGCACUGGUGGCCAAGCAGGAGCUGAUCGACAAGCUCAAGGAGGAGGCUGAGCAUCACCGAGCUGUGCUGGAGACCAUCCCCGUGCUCAAAGCCCAGGCUGACAUCUACAAGGCUGACUUCCUGGCGGAGCGGCAGGCACGGGAGCAGCUGCAUGGUCAGCGUGAGGACCUGCAGGAGCAGCUAGUAACUUUGCAGCGUGACUAUGAGGUGCUAAAAGCUGAUGCUGCCGGCACCACACGGGCCCUGAUGGAGGAGAUGCGGAACCGACACUCAGAGGUGCGCCCACCUCUGCCUGUGCCCCCAACAGCUUACCCCCUGGCUGUGGGGCCAUACCAGGCUGCACCGCACCAGGGGAGCAUCUCUGAGGAGCAGCCAGAUUUCUGCUGCCCCAAGUGCCAGUAUCAGGCACCCGACAUGGACACACUUCAGAUCCACGUGAUGGACUGCAUCAAGUGAUGCCUGGAGAAGACUGGGGGGGCCUGGCUUGCUUGCUCUCUGCUUCCCCCUUCCCUCCCCCAUGGAGGACCAGCAAGGGCUGUAUCGCCUGCCUCCACCCCAAUAGCUGUACCCCUCACCUGAUCAGUGUCAUGCUGGUUCUGGGUGCCUGGGUUCAUGCUUCCUGUUGGCCUCCUUGGUGCCUUUGGGGUGGGAGAAGCAGGAAGGGCUGGGUUCCUGCCUGAUGCAACACUGAAAAUGAUCUGCUGUAAUUCAGGGAUGAGGCUACUCAAGGCUGGGGGGACAGAUAUGUGGACUGGCAUGUUUCUCCCUUUCUUGUGUCUGAUGGCCUGUUUCUUUAGUCAGCCUAGGGGGCUGCAGGAAGCUUCAGCCCCUGCCUCAGGGAGGAGCCUGUGCUGCUACUCAGCUUGGCCUAGAAAUAUGAACACUGGAUAGGGAUAAACUCUCUAUUCGCCCCUAUGCUCACCACUCAGUGCCUUACAAUGAUCUCACUGCCCUUGUACUUCUACAAGCCCCCUGGUUCUUCAUCCCUGUGACUGACCUCCUGCUGUAAGGGCUGGGCCUAGGCUUUCACCUUCCUUUAAUAUUGAUUAAAUCCUGAAGUCCAA